GGGGUGGGGUUGGUAAAUGCAGAAGGAGCAACAGCUUGAGCUCUGGGACUACAGUGGACAGAAAGUAAGAGCAUGGUGUGCUCUCAAUGGAGGAGUGAGAAAGAGAAAGCCAGAAAGAGAGAUAAAAGGAAACAAGACACAUCAAUCUACGUAAAGGAAGGCGUGAGGACAAGACGGACAUUGUAGUUCUACAGGAGCCGAGUGGAGAGGGAGAAAAGAGGGGGGAAAGGAGAGAAAGAAAGGAGAGAGGCGCAUGAGGUAUUUUUAUAGGGCACAGACAGAGAUAUGAUAGCCUGCUUACAGAAGCGGUGUGCCUGGAAACGCUCAGAAAGAGAGCGAGUGGGAGAGAGAGAGAGAGAAAGAGAGGGUGGAAAAGGAGGGGGAGUGAGUGAGACAGAAAGAUUAACCAGUCAGAAAGAGCGAGAGUGAGCAGUGAAGUACAAUCGGGGAGAAAAAGCAAGGGAGGGAGGAGGGUGCAUGAGAGGUAAAAAAAAAGAAAAUGAAAGAGGGGAAAGGUGCCAAAACAAACUAAUGUGUCAGUGCUGAGUGAGGGACACUAGAAGAGAGGGAGAGAGAGAGAAGAGGGACUGCCAGAGGACGUAGUAGGGGGAGAGAGGCAUGAGGGGACUGUUCUGCUUUAUGCUCACCCUGUCCAUCCUGGGGACUGUCCUGACUGCACUCGUCUGGUAUGUCUUCAGAGACCGAGCAAUGCAAUGUUCAACCUGGCAGACCCCCCCACAAAGAUCCUAUUAUGAACUCUGGGCCAGUCCCCUCCGGAACAUGCAAGGGCUGCAGGGAUACAGUUACUGAAAAAGUGGUGGAGCGCUACUCUCACAGCUGGAAGAAGCAGGAGGACAAGUUCAGAAAUUUCAGGUCUCUUCUGAGUAAAAGAUGUCAUGGACUUACCAAGGCUAUGGUGACACAGGCCAACACUCCUCUGGGGUCAAAGGUUGUGUACGAUGGAGAGAAGAGGAAGCCUCUUCAGGUGACCCCUGAACUGUUCAGCACCUUUGCUAAGGAGAAUCCUUUUGUGAAUACGACAUGGGAUACGUGUUCUGUUGUUGGGAAUGGGGGAAUCCUAGCUAAUAGCAGCUGUGGAGAGAAAAUCGACUCCGCCCAGUUUGUUAUCAGGUGUAAUCUCCCUCCUCUGGAGAACGGCUAUGAGAGAGACGUGGGCAACAAGACAGACCUGGUGACAGCUAAUCCCAGCAUCCUCAUGGAGAAAUAUGGGGGACUGCAGGAGCGUCGUCGGCCCUUCGUGGAGAGCCUGCGUAGCUAUGGCGACUCCCUGAUGCUCUUGCCAGCCUUCUCAUAUGGCCCCAACACGCCUGUGUCUCUGCGGGCCCUCUACACCAUCCAGGACUUUGACAGCCCCUUGCGGCCUGUCUUUCUCAACCCAGAGUACCUACAGAGUCUGGCGCACUUCUGGCAGGGCCAGGGCCUGCGGACGGUACGCCUUAGCACAGGACUCAUCGUGGCUAGCCUGGCGCUGGAGCUGUGCGCCAACGUGCAUCUCUAUGGGUUCUGGCCCUUUAAUGAACACCCCCUCCGACACCAGUCCCUCACCAACCAUUACUAUGACGACAGGCAGAGUAAGAAGACGGUGCACGCUAUGCCCGCUGAGUUUGACCACCUGCUUAGACUCCACAGCCAGGGCGUGCUCAGGAUACACCUGGGGGAGUGUGCGCCCAUGGCCAGGUAGGCCCCACCCCUUUACCGGAACUUUACCUACAGCUAGGACAGACACAACAGGGACAUAGGGCCCUCUUAUAGGCUCUCUCAGGAGUCCUACCCAGUCAUGCACUUACCCAGUUAUGUCUUUGCUACCUGCCAGAUGGGAUGGCCCCGACUGGCCCAGAACACUCUUGUAUUCAGCACAGGGGCAUGUUUUAUGUGACAUAUGUCUGGUCACAGUGGAGGAGCAAGGGAGAGACUGGGACAGUUAGUCUCCCCAGCAGCCGUUUGUAGAUUCUCAGUGUGAGAGUCUGCAGAACAGGUUGAUCUGCAAUCAAAUAAUUUGUACUGUACCCAAAAUGGGUGUAAAUACAUGAAAUAUGCAUAUCAUAUACUGUAUAGGUGUACAAUUAUGUAUUUAUCAUCAAGUGUUCUAGCUGGAAUCUAGAGAAUUUGUUUGUUUUGUUGGACUUAAAUACAACGUGUUUUGGAACAUGUAUGGUUUAGAUGAGGCCUUCCCAACUACAGAGGGGGUCAGUGUAGUGCCUAAUAUGACUCACAUUCCUGACCCUAGCCAAAAAAAACACAUGCGAGCCUUUAAGAGUUAACUGAAUGUAUGGUCAUGUCAAUCUAAUACCUCCUGGAUUGGGCAAUCUUUAGCUGGACUGUUACAUUCAGAUUUCUAUUUAAUAUCAAUGAUGAUUAAAUGUGUUAUAUCUCAUUAUGACAUAGUGUAUAAUACAUUCAAUGUGGUACUGGGUCCUUCCAUGAAAUGAGUCCCCUUUUUGUCUCUUUGAUAUUUUAAGUAGAAAUUGUGCACCAAUGUUGAAUUUUAAAAGACUGUUAAAUUAAAUGAAGUGCCCUUUAAUAUAGACCACAUGGAAAAUUCAAUAAAUCAUAUUUUUUUAAAUGAAUAAAGACUUCUGAAUUUUA